AUAAAUUCAGUUGAUGGAUUUUUGUUUAGUCAAAUGAAAAUUAUAGACAUUUUUUUAUUAUUAAAGUAGAUGCUUUUGUGGCGAAAGGGAAAAAGUAUUUAUGACACAUUGAAGGAUUGAAAGGAAUAGAAUAAACCAACAAUUGAUUCGUGCAUACAAAUAAUUACAACAUUAUUAGACAAAAUUUAUUAUUCUCAAUCACAAUGAAUACAAUUCUUAUCCUUGGGAAUAUUAUUACAAUUAUUUUUGUUGUAAAAUUAGAAUCAACAAGAAUAUCACAUUCUGAACGACUUCACGAACUUAAAAGCAUUAAUACCUUAAAAAACAAAGUGAUAAAAGAAUACCUUUUCAAUUAUGAUCAAUCUGAAGCAUUUGAAAUUUUAAGUCAAUAUAUUCUGAAUGAGGUGGAAAUGUAUGGAUUUGCUGAACAUUUAAACAGAACUGGAAGUCCACCAGAAUGGAGCAAUACUAGACAACUCAAAAAUCAUGAACAUUACAAUUUUUUGAGAUAUAAUGAGUAUGUGGAAGAAUUUAUAUUAAGAAGACAGCAAACAGGUAUGCACGUUUCUUUUCUUAGAAAAAAUAUUUUUUAUUUUGCACCUAGAAUAAAUUAUCAAAAUUUGGUUAAAUUUUACAAUGAAAAAAUGUUGAAUGAUUUAAUUACAUUUGAAGACUAUUAUGCUAUUCAAGUUUUAUUAAAAGAUGAUUUGCAAAUUAAUUGGGAAAACCCCGCAUCUCGGAGGAUGAGAAAAGCAAUAUACAGUUUGGCUAUUCGACAAUACAGUUCAAAUGCAACAAUGAAUUAUAUUCCAAAAUCAUGUUUUUUUAAGAAAACAGAAACGAAAACAUUUGUUAAUGAUAUAAAGAAGGGAGAUAGUUUCGAAAAGACAACUUUCAGUAUCUGCAGCAGCAAAUUUAAAGAAUCAUACUCAUAUACUUAUGAGUAUUCCUUUCAUACAUCUUUCUACUGGACGAAUUAUGAAGUGUUAAUUACGGAUCCUAUUACGAUGGUAAGUUUGGAAGAUAUCCUGGAUGUUGAAGAUGAAGAACUAUACGUAAUACUUCCCAAGACAGAUCUUACAGUAUUAAGUGAUCCAGAAAUUUUUGUUAACAACAGUGUACCAAAUUUAUAUGUAAAAAUGUCAAUAUCCCCAAUUUAUGAUAGGUCCAACUGGCUAACUGAAUUAGCAAAUGAAAUUGAAAAGUACAAAGAGAUGGAAAAAGAAUAUUUUAACACUAGCAUUCGUCAUGUAUGAGGAAAUUGUUUUAAAAUUUAGCAUUUAUUAAAAACUACUGAUAAAAUGUGCAUAAAAAAAUACUUUCUGUAUCGGAUGUACGAUAUCAAUGGUGAAAUAAAAAUAAUAUAAAAAAACA